AUGGCAAUAGGAACACAAACUGCCAUAAUCAACGCUCCGGAACACCUAAAAUGUAAAUUACUAGCCGGCACCUUUAAAGACGUAGCCUUGCGCUGGUAUAUGAAUCUUCCAAGAAAUUCAAUAGAAAGUUACGCUGAUUUUCACAAAAAGUUCAUCCACCAAUUCGCUGGAUCAAAACACGUGAAAGUCACGUCAACUAGUCUUUUUUCCAUUCGCCAAAACCACAACGAAUCGUUACGCAGCUUUCUCACCAUAUUCUGCGAGGCCACCAUUAAGGUUUCGAAUCCAAACCAAGAGAUGUUCGUGGCGGCUUUCCACAACGGACUGAGAGCAGGGCAUUUCAACGAAUCCUUAGCCCAAAAACCAGCAUCAUCAAUGCAGGAGGUAAACAAGAGAGCGGAGUGUUACAUAAAGGGCGAAGAGAGCAACGCCGAGAAAAGGCAAAAAGAUGCCAAGGAGAAAGAAUAUGUGAGCCGUACUACAAAAGCGCCAGAUCACCAGCGACAAAAGGCUGGAGGCCAUCAAGGAGACUCAUGGCAAAGGCGCCAUGGUAAGCCCUACCAUCAACCAUCAAGAAGAGAGUUCAGAAACCAUCCCGCCAGUGGAGAAUUUACGCCAUUAAAUACGUCAAAAGCUUACGUAUUAGACGAAAUUCUUGCGAGCGGGUUGGCAAACCUCCCCGCCAGGAGAACCACCAAUAUCCCCAUGGGGCUCGACGACAACGCCUGGUGCUCCUAUCACAGAUGCAGAGGUCAUUCUACGGAGAAUUGUUUCCGCCUGAGAGAUUUGAUCGAGGAAUUGAUAAAAAGCGGCCACCUCCGGAAGUUCAUUGAAGACGCCGCACAUGGCCGAGUCGUCGUGCCCAAAAUCCCUAGGAAAGAACCGCGGAAUACUCCCGGGCCAGGUAAGGAACCUCCCAAAGGAAGGAUCUCUGUGAAUACAAUAGCGGGGGGAUUCUCAGGAGGAGGCGAGUCAAGCUCGGCGAGGAAGCGAUAUGUGCGCCGCGCAAUCUCAGAGAUAUACCUCGUGAGACAACCGCAAUCGCUCGCCAUCCCAGAUUUGGCAUUCACAGCAAAAGAUGGACUUAAGGUGGCACCUCACGAUGAUGACCCUUUGGUAAUACAAGUCCAAAUCCUGAACUGCGACGUAAAGAGAGUAUUGAUCGAUUCAGGAAGCUCAGCAGAUAUUAUGUACUGGGAGGCCUUUUAA